GUAAAAUUUAAAAAAAAAAAACACUAUUGCUAAUGAAAAGUUUAAGAUGGCGCAAGAAAAGUUUGGGUAUUCACUUUUACAAGAAACUCCAACUAGAUGGAAUAGUUUCUUUUAUAUGAUUCAACGAAUACUGGCGACCCAUGAUGAAAUUGCAGUAGUACUAUUGUCUACAUCCAAUGCACCACUCCCAUUUCAAGCGGAGGAAAUUGAUGUUUUGAAGGACUUGGAAAAAAUUCUUACAGUAUUUGAAGAAGUUAGCAAAAGAAUAUCUGGUGGGAAAUAUGCUACGAUUUAGCUUAUAAUUCCCUUGACAGAUGUACUUAUUCGUAAAACGCAUACUAUUUCUUCGGAUGUGCACACUGAAGUUGGACAAAAAAUGGUCACUGUUUUAUUAGAUUCAAUCGUAAAACGUUUAUCGCCAUAUGAAAAAAAAAGUGCGACGAGAAUGGCGACAAUUUUAGAUCCCCGAUUUAAAAAGAUUGGGUUUCAACAUAUGUCAAAUGCCGAACAAGCUGCACAUUGUUUCGAAAACGAGUUGACGGCUUUAAUGAACAAAGAUAGUUCAAAUGACACAAAUGUGGAACCCAUCUCAACAAAUAAGGACCCGCUUUUCGACUACAUUGGGAACAAAGCCCGUUCCAUGGCUAGAAACACGCGAUCGGAUGCUAUCAUUGCGAAGAGGCAGUAUUUGGAAAGGCCCUUAAGCCAACAAGAUGUUGAUCCCCUAUUAUGGAUGAAAGUUAACCAGACGGACUUUCCUGCAAUAAAAACGUUGAUGUUAAAAUACUUUUGCAUUCCGGCCACUUCUGUCCAGUCAGAGCGGGUAUUCAUCAAGGCAGGGCAAAUAGUAUCAGACCGCAGAACACGUCUAAAGGAGGAGAAUGUGAACAUUUUGUUAUUUUUAAACCAAAAUCUUUGGCUUACUUCCUCGGAAACCACCGAAUAAGCGACGUAAAACAUAUAUAUGUACAUAUAAAUA